GCUUUUUCCAGCGUUUCCAGCAUGGCCGAGCUCGCAUCCAGCGUCUCCAUUGAGUUUGCCAACGACGACUACCCUCUCACGUCGUGGACCCGCGAUGGCCAAGUCAAGAUCCGCAUGGGCCCACCCGGCACAAUUGCAGGACAAGCGCCCAUGACGAUCAUCGAUUCGUUCAAGAAGGUGGUGGCCGACCACGGCGCCGAAGACGCGCUUCUCUGGAAAGCCAACGGCGCAUGGGCCAAAAUGAGCUGGCGCGAGUACUAUGACAAGUGCCAAGCGUUUGGCCGCAGCUUGCUCGCGCUGGGCAUGGACCGCUUCGAGGCGGUUAGCAUCAUUGGCUUCAACUCGCCCGAGUGGCUCAUUGCGAACGUGGGCUGCAUCCUUGCCGGUGGGAUUGCCGCGGGCAUUUACACGACCAACAACCCGCCGGCCUGCCAGUACAUUGCCCACCACGCGAGCGCGGCCGUCGUCGUCUGUGACGGCGUCGCGCAGCUCGAGAAGAUGGCGUCGAUCGCCGAUCAGCUCCCGGCGCUCAAGGCGCUCGUGGUCUACAACGCGAGCGUGCCCAACGGGUUUCAGUGCCCGUGCCGUGCCAUAGCUUUGACGACUUUAUGGCUCUCGGCGUCACGACGGAGGGCCUGGACGCGCGCAUGGCGGACCAGCGCCCGGGACAGUGCUCGACCCUCAUCUACACAUCGGGCACGACCGGCAACCCCAAGGCCGUGAUGCUGUCGCACGACAACAUUACGUGGACGGUAGCGGCGAUGCUCGAAGCGCAGGGCAAGGCUGGCGUCGGCCUGGACCACAAUGCGCGGCUCGUGAGCUACCUCCCGCUCUCGCACGUGGCGGCGCAGAUGAUUGACAUUCACUUGCCCAUCAUGUCCGGUGCCAAGGUCUACUUUGCGCAACCGGAUGCGCUCAAGGGGUCGCUCGGUCAAACGUUGAAGGAAGUCCGACCGACCUUCUUCCUCGGCGUGCCACGUGUUUGGGAGAAGAUUGCCGAGAAGAUGUGGGACAUUGGCAAGCAGACGAAAGGCCUCAAAAAGUCGAUUGCGACCUGGGCGAAGAAGAAGGGCGCGCGCAAGAACCAGCUCGCGCAGUUUGGCGCGUCGGGCGGCGCGCCGUGCGGGUACGGCCUCGCCAACAGCCUCGUGCUCUCCAAGGUCCGCGCGGCCUUGGGUCUGGACGACUGUCGGUUUUGCGCGGUCGGCGCGGCGCCCAUGAGCGUCGAGAUCCUCAACUACUUUAGCUCGCUCGACAUUCCGAUCUACGACAUUUUUGGCCAGAGCGAGUGCUCGGGCCCGCAGUCGGUGUGCUUUCCCGGCGCGUGGAAGAUUGGGUCGGUCGGCAAGCCGCUGCCCGGCACCGAGUGGAUGGUGAUGCCAGAGACGCGCGAACUCGUGUUUCGCGGCCGGCACACGAUGAUGGGGUACCUCGCCAUGGAGGCCGAGACGGCAGCCGCGAUUGACGCGGACGGCUGGCUGCACUCUGGCGACUGUGCGACGCUAGACGAAGACGGCUUCGGCUUCAUCACCGGGCGCAUCAAGGAGCUCAUCAUUACGGCGGGCGGCGAGAACAUCCCACCCGUCCUCAUUGAGGAUGUGAUCAAGGAAGAGCUGCCGCUGCUCUCCAACGUGAUGGUGAUUGGCGACAAGCGCAAGUUUUUAACCGCGCUGAUGACGCUGCGCGUCGUCAUGGAUGGCGACGGCGCGCCCACGACGCAGCUCGACCCCAAGGCGCUCGAAGUGCUCGCGUCCAUUGGCUCGCCGGCGACAACGUCAAGCGAUGCGAUUGCGUGCGUCAAGGUCCAGACGUACCUCGAUGCGGGCAUGAAGAAGGCGAACGCCCGCGCGUCGUCCCGGGCGCAGAGCAUUGCCAAGUAUCAUGUGCUGCCAAACGACUUCAGCAUGCCCGGUGGCGAGCUCACACCAACGCUCAAGCUCAAGCGCAAGGUCGUCGUCGACAAGUACGCCGACGUGAUCGAGUCGCUCUACGGCGGCACCGAGGGUUAAGGAGUAAUAUACAGUCCAUUGCAUGCAA